AUGCACCGCUCCGAAAUCGAGAACCUCCCCACGACCCCAGCACACAAGGCCCGCCUCCUCAGCCGACACAACCUCGUCGAAACCACCUCAGGCCUAGCAGGCGACUACAUCCAAGCCAACCUCAUCGUCCUCCGCGCCGAGUAUGCAGAUGACUUUCGCAUGCUCUGCGCUCGCAAUCCUGUCCCCUGUCCAAUUCUAGGCGCGACGCCAAUCGGAGAUCCGCAUCGAAUCAUGCCCACCAUCCCGGGGGUAACCCUGGUCGAUGAGAAUGAUUUCGACAUUCGAACUGAUAUCCCAUCAUACCAUACCUUCCGCACCGUCGACUGCUCCAAGAACGGGGGAAAGAAGAAGAAAGUGCUAAUCGAAACAAAACCCACCCUCCUCUCCGACUGGACAACCGAACACAUCGCCUUCCUAAUCGGCUGCUCCUUCUCCUUCGAACAAGCCCUGACCCAACAAGGUCUCAAAAUCUGCCAUCAAGUACAGAACAAGACGGUCGCAAUGUAUCGAUCCUCCAUCCCGUUACUGCCAGCGGGGAUAUUUCAUGGAAGUAGUUUUGUGGUUAGUAUGCGUCUUUACCGACCUGAGCAACUGGAGGAGGUUAGGAAUGUGACCAGGCCGUAUUUGGCGACUCAUGGGGAACCGAUUGCUUGGGGGUGGGAGGGGGCGAGGAGUAUUGGGGUAGAUGAUGUUGGCAAAGUGGAUUAUGGGGAUGUGCAGGUUGUGAGGGAUGGGGAGAUUCCUGUCUUUUGGGGCUGCGGAGUAACACCGCAAUUCGCCGUUGAAAAAGCUCUUGAGCGAAAUGCCAUCUCAGGCACAGUCAUGUCACAUAAACCAGGCCAGAUGUUGGUGACGGAUUGGAAGAUAACUGAUUUUCUGGAACAGACGAGGAAGCAGUUGGAUUUAAACGGGUAA